CAAAAUGUGACCCUUUUUAUGAUAGAGAAAUGGAAGAUGGAAGACAAGGAAAAAGAAGCCUAGAAAACCCGAAUAACGAUAAUAACAACAACAACAAAGAGCAGGAUCGGUUCUUGCCAAUAGCAAAUGUAGGCCGGAUCAUGAAAAAGGUGAUCCCAUCAAACGGGAAAAUCUCAAAAGAAGCGAAAGAAACUGUGCAAGAGUGUGUCUCGGAAUUCAUUAGCUUCAUCACGGGAGAAGCGUCGGAUAAAUGCCAACAAGAGAAGAGAAAGACGAUCAACGGUGAUGAUAUCAUUUGGGCUAUCACGACUUUAGGGUUUGAAGAGUAUGUUGAUCCGCUCAAACAAUAUCUUCUCAAGUAUAGAGAAUUAGAAGGGGACAAGGUUAAUAACAAUGUGCCUAAGCCACAUCUUAGCAUUGAACAACAACAUAAUGCAACAAGCGGUUUGCCUUACGAAAAUGUUUAUUCGUCUUCGGCCGUUAGCAUCAUGUCUCAACCGCCUUUCAUUUCGGCUUCUGAUCAACAGUUUGUUUUGCCGUUUUCGUCGAAUUCGAUUCAGACACAACUACACAAUCAACAAGAAAGCAUUGAUUCUGUUGGGCAUUGGUAAAUGAAUGUUAUUUUCCGGUUUCAUAAAUAUUAUUUGUAACAAUGAGUUUUCUUGAAUGUUUUUAAGUACACAUUGGAAUAUCUCUAAAACUUGUUGG